AUGACUUCGUCCGGGUCUCUCAAGGAUCUCGCCAAAGCCGUCAAUGUCUUCCUACAGGCCCCCAGCCUGCCGAUACCCGCCGAGCUCGAUGCUGUGGUACACAGCUACCUGGUCAAGAAGGAAGGCGCCGACAACAACGAUGGUGAGCGCCUGAACGAUGAGCUGCUCUCCAUCUACGAGAAGACCGUAGCCGACCAUCCCAACAAGUACGCCCCCUUCCUCGCCGUCUUACGGGUGCUUCGCCCGGCCUUUGCAACCCCCGCCAGGACCUUUGAGUGGUGGGACAGGCUUCUCGACCCUGUCCUCCAGUGGGUGAGCCAGGAAAAGGGCUUGGCGCGCGAGGUCCUGAACCACACGCUCGAAGUCUUGUCCAUCGACGAAAGCUACGAUGCCGAGACGUGGAACGUGGCCGGUUCCGUCUCGUUUACCGAUCGGCUGCUGAAGAGAUGGGUUGAAGCUUGCGAGAGCGAACCGCAGGCGAGGUCGCCGUCUGACCUCAAGGAAAAGAUGACCAGGGAGGCCUUGAUGGUCUUUGGCAAGAAAGAUCCCAAGCUAACCGCCCUUGGCAAGGGAUUCAUGCUCUCUCUGAACAACCUAGUUGUCAAGAGAGAUUCGCGCAACCUCGCCUUCAGCCUUCUUUGUAAUUUCGUCUCGAGUCAGCCCCCUCAUCUUCAUCUCAUCUUGCAAACCCCGCUCUUUGUCAACAUACUGCAGUCACUGCAGAAGGACGACUCGACCGUGACCGUCAACCUGGCCUUGGUCGCUCUAAUCAUGCUGUUACCAUUUAUGCCCAGCUCCCUAGUACCGCUUCUGCCAACUCUGUUCAACAUCUACGCCAGGCUGUUGUUCUGGGACAGAGACACGUACUUUGCCCAGGAGCACACCGAGAUUGGCGCCGAGCACGGAGAUUCCUGGGAGAAGCGUCUCCUAGAUCCCGACCAUGACGGGAGAUCGAUUUUCUACCUCUCGGGGUACUUCACCAUUCUUUACGGCUUGUAUCCAAUCAACUUUGUCGACUACAUCCGGAAGCCCCAGCGGUACUUGCGCCACGCUAACAACGCUGAGGAUAUCGACGUCCAGGCCACAGAAAUCCGAGACCGGUCCGAGCGUUUCAGGAAACACCAUCUUCUGCACCCCAACUUCUACAACCUCACCAUUGAAUCCGAAAAGUCGGACCUGAGUCGCUGGAUUAAAAGUGAAGCUGACGAGGUCCUCGCGGAUUGCAUGGCGCUGGCCCUACCACCUAGGCCCGGAUCUGCCGACAUUGGCAGCAGUGCGCCACUCCCAGCAGUUGCUCUAUUCAACCUAGACGUGGGUGACCGAGAAGGUGUGGACUCGGCUCUCUUGGGCAGCUCAGACGAUGGGGCUGGUCCGUCGUACCAGGUCCACCCCACAGAUAUCUACACCGGCAGCCACACCGGCAGUCGGGCCACAAGCAAAAUGGAACGGAGGGGCUCCGAGUCGAGCUACCUUCCUUCGGGCUGCGAAUCGCUAGAUAUGAAGACGCGAGACGUUGGGGGCGACAGCCCUACCCUGCCGCCGCAUCUCAUCCACGCGUCCUCUCACACACAGCUUCAGGACAUGAUACGGUCUAACAAGGUUAUCAAGUCGAGUCUUAGCCAAUCUCUGGCCAACGAGAGCGUCAUGUCACUAGCCCUCAGCCCCCAGGAGUCAGUGGCCGAGAAGAGCCCAUCGCAGCCUCCGUUGCCCUCACAGCCUGCGCAGGCGCGUAGUGGCCUGAGCGCCGAGUCGAGUGACCAGCCGUCUCUCUUUUACCACCAGCGUCUUUUACUACUAAAUGAUUUGCAGUACGAGAGAUACAUAAAGCAGCAGCACAUGAUCCACAUGGGGGAGUUGCGCCGAAAGCAGGUGCGAGAAGCAGCCACCGAGGCCGAGACGCAGAAUCUCGUCAUGGCAAACCGAAGUCUGAGACAGCGGCUGGACGAGGCCAAGAGAGGAGAGGCGCAGGUUAAGAAGGAGUUUGACCACCGUCGUAACAUGACGCAGAAGCGGGAGAGUGACUUAAUGGCCAAGCUGCGGACCCUUCGCGAAGAGCAGAAGAAGUGGGGAAGCGAGAUGGCAGAGCUCAAGAAAGAGCUGGAUGUGGCCCAUGCAGAGUGUGAGAGUCUACGCCGGAUUGUCAACGAGGCCGAGGAGAAGAGGCUCGCGUCAGAACAAAGCCUCACGGCGUUUGAAAUAAGCGCCGACGAAAUCGAGGGUCUGAGGGCCGAGAUCUCGCGCCUAUCCGCCUCGGAACGUGCGUUCCAGGGAAAGGAACUAAAGGUUCGAACCGCACUGCAGGAGGCCGAUGACGCGAAGGGCAGGGCGGAGCAAUUGGCAAUAGAGCUUGCGGCCCUCGAGGAUCAGCUGCAGCAAUCGAGGGCCCGGUACGAGUCCCAGAUUGCCGAUCUAAACACAAAGCUCGCCAAGACGCUCGACGACACGCAGCGCACACGGGCCAGCGAAGCAUCGGCACUCUUUGAAAGCGCUCUCGCUGCAAGCCGGGCAAAGCAGAGCGAACUUCAGAAGCAGUACAGUAUGCUCAUGCGCAAGUACACAGUCCUGCAGUCGUCGCUGCUGGACAUGCAAUGUGACGCCAUGGAGAAGAAGGCAGCCGGCAACGAUACCGACGGAGAUGCCGACCUGGCGGUCAUGGCGGCGAGCCCCCCAAUUUCAAUCCGAAACCGACCCCAGAGAGGCUUCUCGGACCCCGAAGCCUUCGACGGCAUCUCGCACAACGCAACCCCGCCGCUGGAUCCCGUGUCUAGCUCGGUCGGAGCCGGGCGGCCAUCGACUCCGCUGGGGGCCCACGAUGCAUCGGGCAAGACGAGUCCACAUGCCGAGAGGUAUUUUGGAAGAGGCGGCGUCCAAAACGCCAUCAAAAAGGAGCGCAAAGACAAAAAGGACGACAAGGCAGACAAAAAAGACAAGAAGACGGCGUCUGGUCUUCGGGGAAUCCGGAGUUUUGUAUGA